AUGGGUGGGGUGGUGGAGGGAUUGGGUAUGAGGAAAAAUAGAAACACCAUGUGUUGGUGCCCUGCAUCAUAUCUCCCUGUACAUUGUUGUGGGCAGGUGAGGCGUCUCUCAUCCUUGUGUGAUUUCAUCGCUUUCUUGGAAGCCACUUUACCUGAAAAACGACAGGUAUAAAAAUAUCGAAACCUAUUUUACAGACACCUUAUCACUGAUAUUAGCAUCAACAUAGUUGAUAAAUUAUUAUGUUAAGUACAAAGUGAUUACAGUCUAGUUAUUCUUACAGGCUUCUUGUUCUUCCCCUAGAGCUCUCGAGAGAUGAGAAUAUCCACCCCUCUUCUCUUCUUGGCAGCAGCAGUUUGAUGAGAUGUCCCGUUGACAGAAGUAGAUAGGUAACAUUUUCCGCACUGCUCCACGGCGGUAGCACUAGCAUCAACUUCACUCCCGUAAGCAACAGGCUCCUUGGUUUUAACCUAGAAAUAGUGAUGGUAAGUCUACUUCCCUUGGUUGAGACACAUCAGCCACUGGACCUCAGUUGGUUGGAGGCUCUCAGGGUGGCGUCCUCAUCUGAACAACUAGAUGUGGUAGGCAGACUGGAACCGGUCUUCUUCCACGAUGGAAACAAACUGGUUGACAGAACCUGAGACACUAUGCCUGCAGCAACUGGAUCAGGUCAUUCUCCACAAUGAACACUGGUGGACAAGAACCCUGAGACACUAGGCCCUGCAGCCAAUGAUCAGGUCAUUCUCCACAUGGAAACCUGGUGGACAGAACCUGAGACACUAGCCUGCAUCAGACUGGGAUCAGGUCAUUCUCCACAAUGGAAACACGUGGACAGAACCUGAGAACUAGGCCUGCAGCCAGACUGGAUCAGGUCAUUCUCCCAAUGAAACACUGGUGGACAGAACCUGACACUACGCCUGUCAGCAGACUGGGAUCAGGUCAUUCUCCACAUGGAAACACUGGUGAAACAGAACCUAGACACUAGGCCUGCAGCAACUGGAUUAGGUCAUUCUCCAUAAUGGCAACACUGGUGGACAAACCUGAGAUACUAGGACCUGCAGGACACUAGUUCGGUUUGUCUUCCUCGAUGGAAAACACUGGUGGACAAAACCGGAGGAUCGCUGGAGUGUCAGUGGCUCCCACUCAUCCAGAAGAAGCUCUCGACGAGGGGAACUUCUUCUCAGAACUGGGGGAAAUGUAGUGGGUGGUACCCACAGUCCAGCGUCCGAGAGUGAGACAUCCGUCAGAGCAUUGCUGAGAGAUACUUGGCGACAGUACCACUACGCGAAUGCCAUCAACAGCUCUCCUGCUCUGGACCUGUUGGGUACACCCCGACAUUGCCCCCAGUUCUGAAGCAGAAGAAGCUUCCCCUCUUGUCGAGAGCUCUUCCUGGAUGAGUGGGAGCCACUGACACUCCAGCAGACUCCUCAGGUUCUGUCCACCAGUGUUUGCACAUCGAGGAAGACAACCUGAACUAGUCGUCUGCGGCCUAGUAUCUCAGGUUCUGUCCACCAUGUUUGCCAUUAAUGGGAGAAUGACCUAAUCCAGUCUGCUGCAGGCCUAGUGUCUCAGGUUCUGUCCACCAGUGUUUUCCAUUGUGGAGAAUGACCUGAUUCCGAGUCUGCUGCAGCCUAGUGUCUCAGGUUCUGUCCACCAUGUUUCCAUUGUGGAGAAUGACCUGAUCCAGUCUGCUGCAGCCUAGUCAUCUCAGGUUCGGUCCACCAUGUUUCCAUUGUGGAGAAUGACCUGAUCCAGUCUGCUGCAGGCCUAGUGUCUCAGGUUCUGUCCACCAUGUUUUUCCAUUGUGGAGAAUGACCUAAAUCCAUUCUGCUGCAGGCCAGUGUCUCAGGUUCUGUCCACCAGUGUUUCCUUGUGGAGAAUGCCCUGAUCCCAGUCUGCUUCAGGCCUAUGCUCAGUUCUGUCUUACCAUGUUGCCAUCGUGGAGAAGGACCGGUUUCCAUCCCGCUACAAAUCUAUUUCUCAGAUGAGACCCACCCUGAGCGGCCUCCAACACCUUAGUGCCAAUAAAGGUGCGAUGUGUCAACCAGGGGACGUAGACUUACCAUCCACAGUUUCUAUGGUUCAACCAGAGUAGCCUGUUGCUUACGUGAAGUUGAGCUGGGGUGCUACCCUGGCGCAGUCUGCUGAGAAAUGCUACCUCUCUACUGACGUCACGCAUCUCAAUCAACUGCUGUGCCAAGAGAAGAAGAGGUGUUGGCGUUAUUCUCAUCUCUCUGGAGAGCUCUCAGGGGAAGGACAGAAGCCUUAAGUAAUACUCAUACUGUAAUUCACUUUUGUACUUACAUAAUCAUUAUCAACUCUUUUGAUGCUAAUAUCCCAGUGAUAAUGGCUGUCUGUAAAAUAGGUUUUCUAUAUUUUAUACCUUUCGUUUUUCAGGCUAAAGUGGGCUUCCAAGAAAGAGGAUGAAAUCAACAAGGAUGAGAGCCGCCUCACCUGCCACCCACAACACUGUACAGGGAGAUCACUGAUGCAGGCACCAACAAUGGUGUUUCUAUUUUUUUCUUCAUCCCCAAUCCCCUUCCCACACCCCACCCAUUUUAUCUUCAUUAAAAACCUUUUGUCGUUGCAUUUGAUUGUGUUUUUGUCUUUGAUUGGUAUCACUGUCAUUGAUAAGGGCAGGGGUUUUAGUAGUUCAACUACAUGUCAAUCAAUCGCUGGUUAACUUUCAAACUCCGAAGGGAGACAACCGAGGCAAAGACGUAAGCAGGAGGGCAACUGUGACCUUCAUAAAUGUGCAAAGAUGUGAACAGUUUUGUAACAAUGUAACACGCUAAUGCGAUCAGUUAUCUCCACAUUUUCUGGAGAAUAACAUGCAUUCUCGCUCAGGGCCUCUAGAUGGAGUACAAUCACAAUUCGGAGGGUUCCCCUCAUAAUGCUUUUAUCAGCUGUUGGAUAUGGGGAUUUCCCAUAUUAGGAAUUCCUGUGGGAGAUUUAUACCAUGAAAUCCUGCAGCGCCCAAAAGGUCCCCCUGCUCAAGAAAGCACAUAUACAGACCCGUCUGAAGUUUGCCAAUGAACAUCUGAAUCUCCUGAGUGGCGCAGUGGUCUAAGGCGCCGCAUCGCAGUGCUAACUGUGCCACUAGAGAUCCUGGUUCGAAUCCAGGCUCUGUCGCAGCCGGCCGCGACCGGGAGACUCAUGGGCGGCACACAAUUGGCCCAGCGAUGCGGCGCCUUAGACCACUGCGCCACUCAGGAGAUUCAGAUGUUCAUUGGCAAACUUCAGACGGGCCUGUAUAUGUGCUUUCUUGAGCAGGGGGACCUUGUGGGCGCUGCAGGAUUUCAUGGUAUAAAUCUCCCACAGGAAUUCCUAAUAUGGGAAUAUCCCCAUAUCCAGGGUAGGGGAAGGGAAUGGCCGGCAGGGAUGUAGCUCAGUUGAUAGAGCAUGGCGUUUGCAACGCCAGGGUUGUGGGUUCGAUUCCCACGGGGGGCCAGUAUAAAAAUAAAAAAAUAAAAAUGUAUUCACUAACUGUAAGUCGCUCUGGAUAAGAGCGUCUGCUAAAUGACUAAAAUGUAAAAAAAAAAAAUUCAGAGAAGAAUUGGGUGAAAGUGUUGUGGUCAGAUGAGACCAAAAUGGAGCUCUUUGGCAUCAACUCAACUUGCCGUGUUUGGAGGAGAGGAAUGCUGCCUAUGACCCCAAGAACACCAUCCCCACCGUCAAACAUGGAGGUGGAAACAUUAUGCUUUGGGGGGUGUUUUUCUGCUAAGGGGACAGGACAACUUCACCGCAUCAAAGGGACGAUGGACGGGGCCAUGUACCGUCAAAUCUUGGGUGAGAACCUCCUUCCCUCAGCCAGGGCAUUGAAAAUGGGUCGUGGAUGGGUAUUCCAGAAUGACAAUGACCCAAAAACACACGGCCAAGACAACAAAGGAGUGGCUCAAGAAGAAGCACAUUAAGGUCCUGGAGUGGCCUAGCCAGUCUCCAGACCUUAAUCCCAUAGAAAAUCUGUGGAGGGAGCUGAAGGUUCGAGUUGCCAAACGUCAGCCUCGAAACCUUAAUAACUUGGAGAAGAUCUGCAAAGAGGAGUGGGACAAAAUCCCUCCUGAGAUGUGUGCAAACCUUAUGGCCAACUACAAGAAACGUCUGACCUCUGUGAUUGCCAACAAUGGUUUUGCCACCAAGUACUAAGUCAUGUUUUGCAGAGGGGUCAAAUACUUAUUUCCCUCAUUGAAAUGCAAAUCAAUUUAUACCAUUUUUUGACAUGCGUUUUUCUGGAUUUUUGUUGUUGUUAUUCUGUCUCUCACUGUUCAAAUAAACCUACCAUUAAAAUUAUAGACUGGUCAUGUCUUUGUCAGUGGGCAAACGUACAAAAUCAGCAGGGGAUCAAAUACUUUUUUCCCUCACUGUACAUGCACAACAUAUUACCUAUAUGUCUACAUCUCAAUGAUGGCUCAGUUGAUAGAGCAUGUCGCUUGCACCGCCAAGGUUGUGCGUUUAUUUCCCAUGGAGGACCAGUGGAAGAAAAAAAAGUAUAUAGAGUUGAAGUCGGAAGUUUACAUCUUAGCCAAAUAGAUUUAAACUCAGUUUUUCACAAUUCCUGACAUUUCAUCCUAUGUAAAAUUCCCUGUUUUAGGUCAGUUAAGAUCACCACUUUAUUUUAAGAAUGUGACAUUUCAGAAUAGUAGUAGAGUGAUUUAUUUCAGCUUUUAUUUAUUUCAUCACAUUCCCAGUGGGUCAGAAGUUUACAUACACUCAAUUAGUAUUUGGUAGCAUUGCCUUUAAAUUGUUUAACUUGGGUCAAACGUUUCGGGUAACCUUCCACAAGCUUCCCACAAUAAGUUGGGUGAAUUUUGGCCCAUUCCUCCUGACGGAGCUGGUGUAACUGAGUCAGGUUUGUAGGCCUCCUUGCUCGCACACGCUUUUUCAGUUCUGUCCACAUGUUCUGUAGGAUUGAGGUCAGGGCUUUGCGAUGGCCACUCCAAUACCUUGACUUUGUUCUCCUUAAGCCAUUUUGCCACAACAUUUUGCCACAAAUGGAAGUUUGUCCAUUUGGAAGACCCAUUUGCGACCAAGCUUUAACUUCCUGACUGAUGUCUUGAGAUAUUGCUUCAAAAUAUCCACAUCAUUUUCCUUCCUCAUGAUGCCAUCUAUUUUGUGAAGUGCACCAGUCCCUCCUGCAGCAAAGCACCCCCACAGCAUGAUGCUGCCACCCCCCGUGCUUCACGGUUGGGAUGGUGUUUUUCAGCUUGCAAGCCACCCCAUUUUUCCUCCAAACAUAAUGAUGGUCAUUAUGGCCAAAAAGUUAUAUUUUUUGUUUCAUCAGACCAGAGGACAUUUCUCUAAAAAGUAUUAUAUUUGUCCCCAUGUGCAGUUGCAAACCGUAGUCUGGCUUUUUUAUGGUGGUUUUGGAGCGGUGGCAUCUUCCUUGCUGAGCGGCCUUUCAGGUUAUGUCGAUAUAGGACUUGUUUUACUGUGGAUAUAGAUACUUUUGUACCUGUUUCCUCCAGCAUCUUCACAAGGUCCUUUGCUGUUGUUCUGGGAUUGAUUUGCACUUUUCGCACCAAAGUAUGUUCAUCUUUAGGAGACAGAACGCGUCUCUUUCAUGAGCAGUAUGACGGCUGCGUGGUCCCAUGGUGUUUAUACUUGCAUACUAUUGUUUGUACAGAUGAACGUGGUACUUUCAGGCCUUUGGAAAUUGCUCCCAAGGAUGAUCCAGACUUGUCGAGGUCUACAAUUUUUUUUCUGAGGUCUUGGCUGAUUUUCUUUUGAUUUUCCCAUGAUGUCAAGCAAAGAGGCACUGAGUUUGAAGGUAGGCCUUGAAAAUACAUCCACAGGUACACCUCCAGUUGACGCAAAUGAUGUCAAUUAGCCUAUCAGAAGUGUCAGGGCGUGCUGAAGGUGGGUGUGGUGUAGGAAUCAAGCGCAGGACGCAGAGGCUCAGUCCAAAGGCUUUAGUGCAAAAUAUAUAAUAUAUAUCCAACAGAAGCACCAUAAGCCCGAAGGCAAAAAUACAAGACGCACACAGGCGACCAAACAAAUGACGCACAAACAUGUGCAAACAACCCUCUCAAAACACUGGAGGGAAAAUGUAGCUCCAAACACGAAAACAGAUGCUCAAUCACACACAACGACAAGCACACACAACAAAACUAAAUAGGACACUAACGAGGACUAACAAGACACAGGUGUACAACAUCCAGACAAAACCAAACGAACAUGAAACAUAGAUCGGUGGCAGCUAGUACUCCGGGGACGACGACCGCCGAAGCCUGCCCGAACCAGGAGGAGGAGCAGUCUCGGCCGAAACCGUGACAAGAAGCUUCUAAAGCCAUGACAUAAUUUUCUGGAAUUUUCCAAGCUGUUUAAAGGCACAGUCACUUAGUGUAUGUAAACUUCUGACCCACUGGAAUUGUGAUACACUGAAUUAUAAGUGAAAUAAUCUGUCCGUAAACAAUUGUUGGAAAAAUUACUUGUGUCAGGCACAAAGUAGAUGUCCUAACCUACUUGCCAAACUAUAGUUUGUUAAGAAGAAAUUUGUGGAGUGGUUGAAAAACAAGUUUUAAUGACUCCAACCUAAGUGUAUGUAAACUUCAGACUUCAACUGUAUAUAUAUAUAUAUAUAUAUAUAUAUAUAUAUAUAUAUAUAUAUAUAUAUAUAUAUAUAUAUAUAUCCAUCCAUGCAUGCAGGCCAGUGCAUGUUAGCGUGAGAGAAGUUUGAAGAUCAAGAGACUGAAUAUGGUUAGCGACUUUUCUUACGUAGUUCUUACAGUUUUUGCUUCCUUCUUCCAGGCUAGCUCCAGUACCCCCAGCCAGCACCCCAACCAGUGGCGGCUCCUGAAAAAAUUCUCAGGAGGGGCAAUUUUUCUGAUGAUUUAGGUGACCUACACACAUUUUAAAAAAGAUAUGUCCAGCAACAACAUGAAGACAGGGGCAGCAUAUAAGUCAAUACCAGAAGCAUUUAUUGACUGAUCUGGGGAGAUGGAUUCCAGUUUCUGUGACAGAUUAUAAAUAAUCUCUGAUGCCUUUGUUAUAUUAGCUUUUGGUUGAAUGUACUGUCGUAGUAAAUAUAUAAUGUUAUAGCUUGGUCUGACUAAAAUCUUGUGCAUGACCCAUUUUGUGUUGGGCCUUUGUAUUCAAUACAAUGAACAAGAGUCCUAUCUUGUCAGCCUUGUCAGCAGGUGGCUAAGGAUAACACCCACGCCAUAGGUCUCUCAGUUCUUCCAACUCACGAGUUCUUGUCCUGAGGACACACACACACACACCCACACACACACACACACACACAUCAUCACUGAUAAACACACACACACACACACACACACACAUCAUCACUGAUAACAAAUACACACACACACACACACACACACACACACACACACACACACACCACACACACACACACACACACACACACUGAUAACAAACACACACACACACACACAAAUCCUCUUCUCUUAGGCUGAACAUCUGAAGACAGAGAACCCGACUCAGAGCCAAUGCAACAGUGACACUAGCCUGGAGGUGACCUCGCCCAACUCAUCAGGACCAAUCAGAAGAUCAGAACUACUAGAUUCAACCUACUUCAUUUUAUUGUAUAAAAUGUCAGCACACAAUGUUUAGGGGCUCUUCUGAUAAACUCCCUACGAGUUUGACGAACGGGUCCGUGCACGCGAUUCCAGAUAUCUUUACCUCUGAAUAAACUGCCUUAUAUUAUACAAUUAUCCACCUUGUCCAAAAGUCUCUACUUGGUCUCCGUUCUCCAGUAAACUUGUUUUAUCAACAAUAGUAAGGUUCAAUGACACAGAAAGCAGUUCAAUGUCGGGGUACAGAGUCGCUCUCUUACCAGGAUCGCGGUCCGCUCUGACCAGGGUGAAGCCGGCCGGCUCCACCUCUCUGUCCGGGACUCUGUCAUCCAGCCAAGUCUCCCAGCUGUAUUGGGAUUCCGCUGCCAGCAGCGUUUUCAUUAUUUAGUCCGUUCGUAGCGGGUAUGUACACGAUCAACAAGAUCAGUCCCAAAACCGAAGAUCAGUCCAAAGCAGAAUGUUUGCAGAAUGUUUGUAAACUAAGUCUACAAAUUAAAAACAUAAAAUAACGCCACACUGCAGGUCGCAACAUAGACGCUGUUAGCCGCCAUUGUCUUAGUUACGUUCAACGUUACGUCACGUAUGACGAAAGCGCGUAAGUGCAUGCCCACAGACACCCAUAGAGAAUCUAUUGAAAGCUUUGAAAUUUGAAAAAAAUAGAUUUUACAUGACAGGCUAUGAGAGACUUCUGGGCGAUUUUCAACCUGACUGAAAUCGCCCAAAAAACGGGCGGGGCCAUUUGAAGCACGACUUUAGCCUGAUUUGACAUUUAGUGGCUGGCAGAUCAGACGUGAACACUGAUAACUGCUGUUGCCGUGAUAUAAUUGAUUAGAAAAAAAAUCCCUUCCUUUUCCCAUUUGGCAGUGCGUCGCCCAUAUCGCCCUAUUGAACAAGCCGUCCCUGACCCCAACACAACCCCCAGCAGCAACCCCAUCCUCAGGCUCUACCCAGGGAGACCUGGACCUGUUCAGUGAGACUGGUGGUGGAGUUGGCAUUAAGGGGGAGGACACCGGGGCCAAGAAACACCUUUCCAAGGACUCCAUCCUGUCCCUGUAUGGGAACACCAGUAUGCCUCAGAUGCCCCAGCACCAGCAGGCCCCGCCUGGUAAGGAGAAAUACAGACAAGCGUACACAUGCACAUACUGUACACUCAUGCAGGGCUCUACACUGACCUUUUUUUACAAGGAGCACAUGUGCGCCUAAGUUGAAAAAUGUAGGAGCACACAAAGACAUUUAGGAGCACAAUGACAAAUAUGAGGUUAACAAGCCGUUUUCUUUAUAGUAAUGAAUCUGUGCUCAGUGUAUUCUCCAUGGCACUCAGGGGCUUCGGUACAGUGAAGUAAUCAUUACAACAAUUAUCAUCUGGGGGAAUUUUUUUUAAAUCCAGGCGCACAUUGUGCUCCUAAAUUAAUAUUCCAGGUCGCACAGCAAAAUAUUUAGGCGCAUAUGCCAGUAAAUGGUCGCCCUGUCAUGCAUCAUUUUGGGCAUGUGCACGCAAACACAAGUGCAUGCACACACACACACUCACACACACACCAACCAAUAACACAGAGGUUGGAAAUGGUCCCCAACUGGCUCUGGGCUAUAUAGUGUAAAUACCAAACACUUCUAAAGUAGCAAGUCACCAACCAAGUUGUUCAGUCACUUUCCCACUCUCUCAGUAUAUCUGUGGCAAGCCGUCAUAAAGGUUAACAGAACGUUUUAUUUUGAAAGAAAGACAAACUGUGCAACCCUGUUCUCAGUAUUUCUCCUCUCUUUCUCCGCUCCAGCUGGUAUAUACAUGAACCCCGCCCAGAUGCAGUUUCCAGUAGGCAUCCCCCAGCAGCAGGUCCCCACUGGCUACCAGGCCUUUCCUGGCAUGGGCACGAGCAUGCCCCCCACCACCGUCAUGGGUGCCAUGAUGGCUCAGAGCGGAGCCGCCAUGAUGGGACCCAACACAGGCAUGAUGGUUGGCAUGACGAUGCCCAGCGGUUUCAUGGGACAAGCGCCUGCGGCCGUGAUGGUUGGCAUGGCUCCGAGGAUGAUGGGGGUACCCCAGGGGGGGAUGCCCGCGGGUAUGGUGCCCGCUCAGGGCAUGCAGGGGAUGUAUGCCGUCCAGCCUGGGCAGCAGGGCCAGUGGAACAUGGGACAGGUAUGGUAGUUAUUUUGUUGUCUCGUUCUUUGGCAUAUUGGGGUUUUUCCCCUAGGAGUAAGCUUUGCAUUUGAAGUAUAAGAUGGUUUAAUGAGAAUACAAGAUCAGUAUCUUUGGAAGUUAACUUAAUUAGGUAAUGUUACCAUAUUGCCAUAACUAUCCAAUUUUCUGAGAUCGAUAUAGAUGCAUUGGGGUAAGGGGUUUGAUUUUGUAUUAGGCAAUAUUGUGUUUCCCUGACCCUGACACCUUUACCUUACUACUCGUCUCUCAAUUUCUUCCCCAGAUGAACCAGCAGAUGUCAGGGAUGAGUCUGAACGGUGCCGGGGGGUGCAUGGCCUUCGGUCAGCCUGCCUCCACCAUGGGAGGCUGGGCCGCUUCACCCUCCGGUCAGACACUCAGCACACAGCUCUGGAAGUGACCCACCUGGAGGUCAAAGAUCAGGGAUUGGGGGUCAGGGCAGCGGAAGAGGGGGUCUCAACCAGGGGGUCCGAAAUUCAACAUCCAACCCCCCCCAGCAACCUUACUAUGAACUGAUGCCCGUUCUCCAACUGUUACUGACCACUCUCCAACAUCAAGCUUAUCUGUCUCUGUUCGCAUACUGAAGAGAUGCAUCCUUUCUUCAGGUAAGCACAGAUCCAUUGGUGAUUGGACAGGUGAAAGCAAGGUGACGGUCUUAUUACUCUGCCGGCCCAACCAAAUCAGAUCAGUGAUUACUUCAAGGAAGGAAGCAUUUCUGAAGUAUUCAAACGGGGCACAUCUCUCUCUCUCUUUGUCUCUUUCUGUCUAUCUAUCCCUCUGUCUUUCAGUCUCUCUUUUGUGAGUGAAUUGGGCGUCAUCAUACAUACACCAUCAUACGCAGGAUGGCAGUCUGUGCCUGUUAUGUGUUAGAAAUCAUAACUCUUUUAAUUUUCAUUUUUUGGAGAAAAAAAAAUGAGCCCUGUAACACAACAAUGACAUCAUCGACAACAUAUCGAAAAAGCUGCAGGACCAGUUACACAAGCUUUUAUUGUAUCAUUAUUAUAAAAAAAUAUUAUAGAGAAUUAAAGAAUAGUAUUUAAACUUUGGGAGAAGACAUGGCUAUCAUUUCUGUGAAUACUGCUCUCCUAUGUACAGCUCUGUAUAACCUUCUUUUAAAGUACCUGUGGUUCCCCUACAAAAUAAAGUAUGAUAAACUGUGUCUGAUGUGUGUUCUAGAUUCUAGACUUCUGGGUUCUAGAUUUUGCAAUUAACAACAUUCAAAGUAAAUUCUACCAGAACACCUAAGAAGGUAAAGAAGUUUGCAUUUAAAACAUGUCUACUCCAUGUAUCUCUUUUUUCCAGGGGUAGGCUACAGACAUGCAAAUGUCAGGGUGGUAUCAUUCUUUAACCAUCCUUUGCAGAGCUGGCAAGUUAUAUACACCACAUUUACAGUAUUACAUAAGAGGGAAAAUAGUCACGGGGAGACAAGAGCUCCCUGUAAGUAGGCUAAAUAUUUGAAAGAAUUCUGUUGAUGGUGCAAUAUGGUAAAAAAACAUUUAAAAAUAAUUUUGUGAAAAAUAACUGAAUGAAGAAGAACUGAACUGGAGAGUUUGGUAGAAAAAACGAAUUCCCAGUUGAGGAAAAGCGCGGGACAUGAUUUUAGCAUGGUCCCUUUCGAGUGCAUAAACAGUGAGGGUGUUGACCCUAGUUUACUCGAUAUUCUACAAUCGAUUACAAUAUUCAGAGGACGACAUAUUCUUAACAUUUUGGUAUUGGCCAGCGUGUGACUCUCAUGUGCUACACCUUCGGUUGUUGAUGAUCCACUUGAGGAGGAGAAUACAGCGAAGGUGCCCGGUUAAGAGCUCCGGGCCCGUCUAUCCGACUGACGCUUCUCCCUCCCUGUACCAUCGACGCUCCCUCCGCUGCUACUACCUUUCUGAACUGCCUCAACACCGUCAGCUGUGGAAACCAUCCCCCAAGUCAAAACCAGCCAAUGUCAGAAUCCUACAUUAGUUUUGUUUUUAAAGCGUAUUUGAAAUUCUCUUUAAUGAAAAGUGCUAUAUAAAAUAAAUGUAGUAUUAUUAAACAGAGAUAGAAUUCCUGGUCACACUUUAUUUGGAUAGUCCCGUAUAAAAAAUCGACAGAUGGGCAUACUUUCAACAAACGAUCUGUUGAUAAGCAACUGCUUGCCAAGGUUAGGGUUAGUUUAGAAUAAGGGUAAGGGUUACGUUUAGGGCUAAUGUUAAGGGUUAAGGCUUAGGGUUAGUGGAUAGUUAGUUGAAAUGCUGACAGUUAUUGAACAUCUACAAACCAUCCACUUGGGACUAUCCAAAUAAAGUGUAACCGAAUUCCAUUCGAAACCCUGCGUAAUGGCAUUCUGGACAUAAAGAAUUCCAUCUCUAUGCGACAGAGAGGGUCACAAUGCCGACGCUUCGUAUGGAACUCCAGAACCAGAGAGUUAUGUUCAGAACUCUCAAGAAAUCUUCAGUUCUUGAUCGACAAACGAGAGAUACAGCAUUAUGGCAAGCUUUUCAUUCAUCCUCCCUGAAGACGGACAUUAUUCUAUUAAGGACAACGCAGUUAACUCAGGUAAGAAUAAUUUAAUUAUUUCAGUCUUAAAACUAAAAUAUUAAUUGAUUUAAUUCUUAGUAGAAAGGAAAUAUCUUCAAACUUAGAAUAAGAUGGCUGUAAAGGCUUUUGUUGUUAGUUACCAAGCAAUGUAACCAUGCAAAAUGAAUAUUUACAGCUGUAAAUGGUUUUACUUAGGCCAAGUAAAAUAUGCAAUGUCUCAAUUAUCUCUCCUUCCUCCCAAAGUGCGCACUUGUUCACUUCACUGAAUUGAAAAGAAAUGACUGGUAUAAGAAAUAUGGUUGAAACUCCCACUAGCCUAUGCCUCCACCAAUCCAACGGUUUAAGAUGUCUGGGAAGUAGAGAAGGAGUGCACACUUUAAGGAAAUAGGAGAUAUUAUUGGAACACACAUUAUUUGCCAUGAGUGAAAAGGAAAAUAUCCCUCCCUUUCUUAUAAUGCUAAAAAUCUGUUUUGUUGAUCCUGUGCUGUCAUGGCGUUUCUUUCAGGGUGGAUUUCAAUGGUGACCCAACUCAACACCCUUGAAGGUCCAGAGUCAGAGAGUCAGAACAUCCGUCAGAGCUUUGCAGAGAUACUUGGCGACAAGUACCACUACGCGAAUGCCAUCAACAGCUCUCUGCUCUGGACUGUUGGGUACACCCCCUACAUUCCCCCAGUUCUGAAAGGAAGAAGCUUCCCCUCUGUCGAGAGCUUCUUCCUGGAUGAGUGGGAGCCACUGACACUCCAGCAGACUCCUCAGGUUCUGUCCACCAGUGUGUCCAUCAAGGAAGACAACCUGAACCAGUCGUCUGCAGGCCUAGUAUCUCAGGUUCUGUCCACCAGUGUUGCCAUUAUGGAGAAUGACCUAAUCCAGUCUGCUGCAGGCCUAGUGUCUCAGGUUCUGUCCACCAGUGUUUCCAUUGUGGAGAAUGACCUGAUCCAGUCUGCUGCAGGCCUAGUAUCUCAGGUUCUGUCCACCAGUGUUUCCAUUGCGGAGAAUGACCUGAUCCAGUCUGCUGCAGGCCUAGUGUCUCAGGUUCUGUCCACCAGUGUUUCCAUUGUGGAGAAUGACCUGAUCCAGUCGUCUGCAGGCCUAGUAUCUCAGGUUCUGUCCACCAGUGUUUCCAUUGUGGAGAAUGACCUGAUCCAGUCUGCUGCAGGCCUAGUAUCUCAGGUUCUGUCCACCAGUGUUUCCAUUGUGGAGAAUGACCUGAUCCAGUCUGCUGCAGGCCUAGAAUCUCAGGUUCUGUCCACCAGUGUUUCCAUUGUGGAGAAUGACCUGAUCCAGUCUGCUGCAGGCCUAGUGUCUCAGGUUCUGUCCACCAGUGUUUCCAUUGUGGAGAAUGACCUGAUCCAGUCUGCUGCAGGCCUAGUAUCUCAGGUUCUGUCUACCAGUGUUUCCAUCGUGGAGAAUGACCGUUUCCAGUCUGCUACAAAUCUAGUGUCUCAGGUUGAGGACUCCACCCUGAGAGCCUCCAACCAACCUGAGGUCCAUGUGGCUGAUGUGUCAACCAAGGGAAGUAGACUUACCAUCACUGUUUCUAUGGGUUCAACCAAGAGUAGCCAUGUUGCUUUACGUGAAGUUGAUGCUAGUGCUACCAGCCUGGAGCAGUCUGCUGAGAAAAUGUCUACCUCUACUACUGAUGUCAACGACAUCUCAUCAACUGCUGCUGCCAAGAAGAAGAAGAGGUGGGGAUUAUUCUCAUCUCUCUGGAGAGCUCUCAGGGGGAAGAACAAGAAGCCUGUAAGUAAGAACUCAUACUGUAAUUCUCUUUUGUACUUAACAUAAUCAUUUAUCAACUAUUUUGAUGCUAAUAUCCAGUGAUAAUGGCUGUCUGUAAAAUAGGUUUUCUAUAUUUUAUACCUUUCGUUUUUCAGGCUAAAGUGGCUUCCAAGAAAGAGGAUGAAAUCAACAAGGAUGAGAGCCGCCUCACCUGCCACCACAACACUAUACAGGGAGAUCACUGA